GCGUUUUCUAACCUAAAAAGAAAAAACGAAAAUGGCGGAGAAUGCAUCAUAAAUAUCAUAAUGCAUGUGGUUGAAGAGGAAGGGGUGGAAAACAUUAAAGGUCCAGAUAUGCAAAGAAUUCGAACGAAAAAUUGAAAAGACCUAACCUGUAGGAUAAUUCAAAGUAUAUGAUGAGUGCAGUUGCGGAAAACACGUGUGAGUCCGUGGAGGACGUGAUCACGGUAGGCACGAGCGUGAUAGUCAAGAAACAGGACUUCAGCAAGGUGUACAAGGUGUCCGAGAAUGGUAUUCUGAUGCUGGGGAAAGACCAGAAGGUAGAAAUGCGCGAGAUCAUCGGCAAGCCGUUUUGGAGCACCUUCGAGAUGAUUCCGUUGCCAGGCAGCAGAGGUGCUUUCACCCUGAAGCUAACGGAUCAGGUAGACUCGUGGAAUAAUCUGAAGGGCGAGCUGAGCGGUUACGACAAUCGCUCCAUCACGGACGACGGGACGUCUCAGCGGCUGUCGAAGGAGGAGAUUCUGCAGCUGCAGGAGGCCGGCAAGACUGGCAAGGAGAUAAUCGGUAGCCUCAUUGAGAACAGCAAGUCCUUCGCCGCCAAAACGGAAUACUCGCAGGAGAAGUAUAUCAAGAAGAAGGAGCGCAAGUACCUCAGGUUUCUGACGAUACACAAGACGUCUGUAUUGUCGCUGCACGAGAUAUACUUCAAGAGGAAACACGAGAAAAUCGGAGGGCUGAGAAUGGACGCUCUGGCGCAGAUACUGUCCUACAGCGACGUCCAAUCCGAAGGCUUGCACUUGUUGUACAGCAGCGGAUACCAGGGAUUGCCCGCAGCGGCGAUGCUCAACAGAAUAGGCACGAGUACCAGUGGUUACCUGAUCAACCUGCAUCCCGGUAAUAUGCCUCAAACAACGUUCAUCGAAGACAUGAAUUUUCCACAGGAACUGAAAGACAGGCACGUAGCAGUGAAUAUCUAUAGUUUCUUGAGAUUACAUUAUCAAGGUGAAUCUAGUAUAAUAGACAAUAUUUCCACGUCUAAAAAGACUGUCGUUAAUAAUACUGAAACGCAUAAUAUCGAAAAAUUAACGGAAAAAUUUGACGGAGAAACUAAAAAUAACCAAGUACCUGAAAUGGAUACGGAAGUUUUAGAGCUGAAAACUGGGACAAAAGAAAACGGUACGCUUCUCACAACUGACACUGAGGAAGGUGGCAAUACUUUAAAACGGAAACUCGAAUCUGAAAAGCCCGAAAGAGAAGUAGCGCCCGCAAAGAAACCGAGAUGGUUGUUGGAGACGAAACACGCUGUGGAUUUGUUAAGUAGCACGAAAGCUCGCGGUUUAACUAUCGUAGCAAAAGAGCAUCCCUUACAAAUUGCGACGGCGCUGUUACCCUUCUUGGGUAUCUCACGUCCGUUUGUCAUCUUCCAUGCGCAUCGGGAGCCCUUGCAGGAGACCUACAUAGAAUUAAAGAAAAAAGGCAAUGUAAUAAAUGUGAAACUGUUGACGAACUUCUUACGUUCGUAUCAAGUAUUGCCCGACAGAACGCACCCCGACAUUUUAACGAGCGAUACCGCUGGCUAUAUUUUAACAGGAUAUCUAGUUGACAAUGCGUAGUAUAUAAAAUGUUUUAAUAAAUUUUGAUAUGAGAAAUUGAUCGUACAGUACAGACUCGCAUACUCGAUACCGAUCGAAUGCCAAAAAGCUAACAUAUAACGUCAGAACAAAUUUAUAAACGGAUUAUAAUUUUUUACACAAAUAUAACUAUUACGUACA